UGGGAAUUUGGCAGCGGGAGAAAGGAAGGGCUACCGCGGAACCCGGACUUUCUCGGAGCAUCGGGGUCCGAGGAGCGCUCGGGGCCCGCCACUCCCGCCUUUCUCACGUCGGACCGACUCUGCUGACAGACCCUGACGUGUUGGAUGAGCAGGCCCCCCUGGAAGAGUCCGCUGUGUGAGAUGGUGCAGCCUAGCGGCGGCCCGGCAGGGGACCAGGACGUGCUGGGUGAAGAGUCUUCUCUGGGGAAGCCGGCCAUGCUCCACCUGCCUUCAGAGCAGGGUGCUCCUGAGACCUUCCAGCGCUGUCUGGAGGAGAAUCAAGAGCUCCGAGACGCCAUCCGCCAGAGCAACCAGAUGCUGCGGGAACGCUGCGAGGAGCUGCAGCGUUUCCAGGGCAGCCAGAGGGAGGAGAAGGCCUUCCUCAUGCAGAAGUUCCAGGAGGCCCGGGACCUGGUGGAGAGGCUGAGCCUGGAGAAGUGGGAGCUGCACCGGCAGAGGGAGCAGGCCCUGCAGGAGGUGGAGCGCCUCAGGACGUGCCAGCAGCAGAUGGCCGAGGACAAGGCCUCAGUGAAAGCCCAGGUGACAUCCUUGCUGGGGGAGCUGCAGGAGAGCCAGAGUCGCUUGGAGGCCGCCACCAAGGAGCGGCAGGCUUUGGAGGGCAGGGUCCGGGCCGCCAGCGAGCAGGCCCGGCAGCUGGAGAACGAGCGCGAAGCGCUGCAGCAGCAGCACAGCGUGCAGGUGGACCAGCUGCGCCUGCAGAACCAGAGCGUGGACGCCGCCCUGCGCAUGGAGCGCCAGGCCGCCUCGGAGGAGAAGAGGAAGCUGGCCCAGCUGCAGGUGGCCUAUCACCAGCUCUUCCAAGAGUAUGACAACCACAUCAAGAGCAGCAUGGUGAGCAGUGAGCGGAGCCGAGGAUUGCAGCUGGAAGAUCUCAAGCAGCAGCUCAAGCAGGCCGAGGAGGCCCUGGUGGCCAAACAGGAACUGAUCGACAAACUGAAGGAAGAGGCUGAGCAGCACAAGAUUGUGAUGGAGACGGUUCCGGUGCUGAAAGCCCAGGCGGACAUCUACAAGGCGGAUUUCCAGGCCGAGCGGCAGGCCCGGGAGAAGCUGGCCGAGAAGAAGGAGCUCGUGCAGGAGCAGCUAGAGCAGCUGCAGCGGGAGUACAGCAGGCUGAAGAGCAGCUGUCAGGAGUCGGCCAGGAUCGAAGACAUGAGGAAGCGGCAUGUAGAGGUCUCCCAGCCCCCCUUAGCCCCUGCCCCAGCUCAUCACUCCUUUCACCUGGCCCUGCCCAGCCAGAGGAGAAGCCCCCCCGAGGAGCCGCCCAACUUCUGCUGCCCCAAGUGCCAGUAUCAGGCUCCUGACAUGGACACCCUGCAGAUACACGUCAUGGAGUGCAUCGAGUAGGGCUGCCUGCCGACACCCAGCCCAGGACAGUGCAAUCUGUUGCUUUCCUCUCCUGUCUGCCUGGUCCUGAAUUAGGGGCUGGGUGACAGAGGGUGGGCCCCUUCUCUGAGCCCCGAGAGCUAGCCACAGGGCCUUACGCUUCUGCGCCCCCGUCCGCUGGUUCACCUCUUUUAGGGCACACGGAGCCCCAGAUAGGCCCGAUGCUCUGCUUUUUUUGUUCGUUCUGUCUGCUUGAACUGCUUGUCUCCGGAGUUCGCUCUUCUUCCACCUGUGCUGGGGAAGUCAAGAGCCAAGGCCAGGGCUCCCAGACAACUGCUUCCCAGGCUGAGACAGGCAGGACCUUUCGUCCCGGCCGCCUGGCACAGUGCGGCGCUGCUCUCAUGGGCUGUGUGCUGUUCCACUGGCGGCUGCACCACUGUGGAUCGAACUUGUCUGCUGCUAAUGGACGUUUGGGCUGUUACUGGUCUUUUUACUGUCAUAAACAACACCAUGGUGAAAA